CGAGCAUCGAUCGAGCCGCGCUCAGUCCGCCGGGGCGGCCGGCGAGAGCGCGCGUAUCAUGCGCUGUCGCUGAGAUGGCCGGCGCUCGGGCGCUCGUCACCGCCUGCUGCUGCUGGUGGUGGCUGAUGACCGCAGCCGCCACCGAGCUAGACUUGCUGGGCGCGUUGUCGCUGCACAACACGUCGCGCGCUGGCGUCACUGCCGCGCCUGGAAUGCAACCGCAGCGAACUGCAUACACGUUACAAGGAGAAUCUCGUUCCCUGCAAGUGGAGGGCGCAGUGUUCGAGCGCGCCGCUGAGCUGCUGCGACACUCGCCCGAGUUCACAGUCCUCGCCUCGCUCAGGCAAGAGCCAGCCAACUCUGGCACUAUACUCUCCUUCUCACAUGGAUACAACAGGUACCUGGAGGUGCAGUCGAGCGGGCGGCGCGACGAGGUGCGGCUGCACUAUGUGGCCGCGGGUGGCAGUGCACCGCGGGUCGAGACCUUCCCGUUCCGGUUGGCAGAUGGCGCCUGGCACCGGCUGGCGUUGGCCGUGUCAGGCGCGCAGGCCACACUACUCGUGGACUGCCACCCGCUGUAUCGACGCCUCAUCCCGCCGCCUGACCGCAACUUCACACAGCCACAGCUAGCGCUUUGGCUUGGCCAGAGGAACAGCAAACAUUCCUUAUUUAAGGGUACAUUACAAGAAGUAAGACUGGUGAGCGGGCCUCACGGCUACCUGGCACAAUGUCCGGGGCUCGACUCGGAAUGCCCCACAUGUGGGCAAUUCGCUCUGCUGCAAGCUACUGUGCAGGAGCUCACUACACAUAUCCAUGACCUCUCACUCAAGUUGGUUGGCACGGAGGCAAGGUUAGCACGACUCGAGCAAUGUGAUUGUCAGAAGUCGUGCUUCUCCAACGGCACAGUCCACGCUGACGGUGCGACGUGGCAACGAGACUGCAAUCGGUGCUCCUGUGUGCACGGCGAGAUAACGUGCAGGCCAGUCGAGUGCGAUAGAGCUGAGUGCAAGAACCCGGUGCUGCAUCCGGGGGAAUGUUGCCCAACAUGUUUGAGGCAGUGCCUUCUAAAGGGAACAUUAUACGAGCAUGGGGAGCGCUUUGCUCCGAAGGAGUGCGCGGAGUGCGUGUGCCACGAUGGCAACAUGCAGUGCACGCGCGUCGACCCCGAGGUGGCGUGUCCGCCACUACCGUGCGACGUCGCCGACCAGUUCACUGUGCCUGGCGAGUGCUGCAAGUUCUGUCCAGGGGUGGACUACUGCAGCAUGGGGCACUCGUGCGAUGAGAAUGCGACGUGCAUGAACCUCAACACCAAGUACACUUGUAAGUGCAACCAGGGCUUCCAGGGCGACGGACUUUCUUGUCAAGAUGUUGACGAAUGUCAGCGUGCCGGAGGUCUGGACGGCCACCACUGUCACUCCAACACGCGGUGCGUCAACGUGGUCGGGGGCUAUGUGUGCCAGUGCUUGCCUGGGUACACCAGGAGAGACAAAUUCAACUGUGUAGAAGUAGACGAGUGCGCGGGCGAGACUCACGGCUGCCACGCGCACGCUGUGUGCACCAACACGCCCGGGUCAUACACGUGCCAGUGUCGUGAGGGCUACACCGGGGAUGGCUACGAGUGCUCGCCAAUCUGCACGGGAGGGUGCCUUAACGGCGGGGUGUGUGUAUCGCGCGAGAAGUGUGCGUGUGCGCACGGGUUCGGCGGCACGCGGUGCGAGCGCGACGUGGACGAGUGCCGCGCGGCCCCCGCCUGCCCCCACAACGCGCUCUGCGUCAACACGCCCGGCAGCUACUACUGCGUCUGCGCACAGGGGUACACCCGGGACGCUGUAUUGGACACCUGUCAAGACGUAGAUGAGUGUGCGGAAGGGUUCCACACGUGUCACCCGAGCGCGCGCUGCGUCAACACUGACGGGAGCUUCAGAUGUGAAUGUGACUCCGAGGAACAUUGUGAAUUAAGUUGUUCAUGGCAAGGUCGUAUGAUGGCGGAUGGUGCGUCGUGGUCAGAAGCUGGUGGCUGCCGAGCAUGCGCGUGCGCAGCUGGCGUUGCCUCCUGUCGCCUCGCCGCCUGUGCCUGCGAUCUCCUCGACAACCAUACCACUGCAUUGCAGAGCACGUCGCUGCCGAGCCUGGCACCGGCUUCGUGCUGUCCGCACUGCGAGGCUCGCUUCCACUGCCGCCACCAGGAGAUGCACCACGUCACCUUCCGCAGCGGGGAGCGCUGGCUCUACCAGUGCCAGAUCUGCGAGUGUCUACUUGGUGAAGUGGAUUGUUGGGAGCCUGAGUGCGGAGAGUCGGGCGCAGGUUGCUGCGCCCCGGGUGCGGUGGGCCCCGACGGGACGGACGGGGCCGGUGGGCCGCCGCGCCGGCUGGAGCUGGGCGGCUGUGCGCCCCCGCACUGCGCCGCCUGCACGGUGCGUCACACGCUCACCUGAUGCAUCGCACACUCCGACUCUCGGGAGCUUGGCAGGAUACGCUCACAGUCGCAGCGCAUUCCCUCAUGCAUAAUCAAUAUUUCCACAAUAACCUAAUCAUGUCAUUACUAACACUUGACGUUUCUGAAGUAUCUUCCGAAAAUGUCGUCGCAUUUCCUAUUUGGCCCUGAAUGUUGUGUAUCGUAUAACGAGCGACUGUGUGACGGGCGCAUGCCAGGCUCGCGGGGCGGGCGUGGUCGUGCAGAGCUUGAACUAAUCGCUUGGUAAGGCCCGAGGCCGGCGCCGCCAGAGCGCGGUGUCCGAGUGUGAUCGCAUUAUGCUUGUUGCAGGGCGGCCAGUGUGCUACUUUGGUGAGCAAUCUCGCGUGUUGUGUGCAUCGGUAACCAUCCCCACUCUUCUUAUUCAUUCAUACAUCUGCUCUAUUAACACGUGUUUUAGCUUGAGUCCUUGAUUUAAUUACAUGGGUCCUUAAUACAGGCAAUACUUGAAUAUAUUAUACAUACAUAUAGUACAGUCUACAACUUUAUCAAAACUGCUUAUUGCUUGUAUACAGUUUACCGCUGCUGCAAGAUUGGAUAGUCACAGACCUCUGAACAUAGCAGUCGAAACUCGAAAGGCAUCUUUUUGUUUCCUGUUUUUUUGUAUAAAUUAUCUGGUUGAUUAGUAUCAACGUAGUCAUCCGAUUAGUUAUCAUUCUGUAGUUCGUAUCUAUCUUGUACAGUAUUGUUCUACUCGACCACCCUAGCUCACAGCCAGCGCGGUCAAGUAGUACAUGUAUUAAAUUGAGGACAUUCAUUCUAAAAUCAUUUUAUGUUGCAUGUUUUAUCAUUUACUCAUCAAGUACAUUUCGUAAAGUGUUGCUUCUAUAUUUUUGACUCAACUGGAAUGUGUCACGCUGUCAAUGGCCUGACUUUUUAAGUUAUGCAUUCACUAUCUUUGUCUCGACUUUCUGUUGUUUUUCACCUUCCCCCACUAGUUUAGAAGUUAGAUAGAACAAUAAAUAAACUGGUCGAGAGCACUCCCGAUAGAGUGGAGGUAGUGGUAGUGCUGCGAGUAGCGCGGCGGAGUAAUGUGCUGACGAAGUGGUGGUGCUACAGCGCGCGGCGGGCGGUGCUGGCGCUGACGCUGG